CCUGCGUGCCGUGCGGAUGUUCAGUAGCGUCGUAAUGUUGUUAUGUGGAUCUUAGAGACUAAAACAUCAGAGUUUUAUUGUUUGUGCGGAGAUUAAACUUCCGUCAGUCCGUCGAGGGGGCAGUCACACGGUCACCUGCCCGGGACAGAGACGGUCAACCACCGGAUAAACUGCUGCUACUGCUGCGGGGAAAAUGUCUGCGGGCUCCGGGAGCAGAAACACGAACACGGAACCGUGGGGGAGCUUCGAUGACAACCUCAUCCAGGGCGGCGGCUCGGCGGUCAUCGACAUGGAGAACAUGGACGACACGUCGGGCUCCAGCUUCGAGGACAUGGGGGAGAUGCACCAGAGGAUGAAGGAGGAGGAGGAGGUGGCGGCGGAGGCGGCCGCCACCGAGGACGACAAUCCCGACGACGGGGAGUUUCUGGGCAUGAAGGGGAUAAAGGGUCAGCUGGGCCGACAGGUGGCUGACGAGGUGUGGCAGGCGGGGAAGCGUCAGGCCUCCAAAGCCUUUAACCUUUAUGCCAACAUCGACAUCCUGAGGCCGUACUUUGACGUGGAGCCGGUUCAGGUCCGCAGCAGGCUGAUCGAGUCCAUGAUACCUGUCCGCAUGAUCAACUUCCCCCAGAAGAUCGCAGGUGAGCUGUACGGUCCUCUGAUGCUGGUCUUUACUCUGGUGGCCAUCCUGCUGCACGGGAUGAAGACUUCAGGAACUGUCAUAAGGGAGGGGACUCUGAUGGGUACGGCUAUAGGAACGUGUUUCGGUUACUGGCUCGGCGUUUCCUCCUUCAUCUACUUCCUGGCGUACCUGGUCAACGCUCAGAUCACCAUGCUGCAGAUGCUGUCCCUGCUGGGUUACGGUUUGUUUGGUCACUGCGCUGUCCUCCUCAUCACCUACAACAUCCACUUCCACUUCCUGUUCUACGUCCUGUGGCUGCUGGUUGGAGGACUGUCCACCCUGCGUAUGGUGGCGGCUCUGCUGUCUCGUACGGUCGGACAGACGCCUCGUCUCCUCCUCUGUGGGACUCUGUCUCUGCUGCACAUGCUCUUCCUGCUCUACCUGCACUUCGCCUACCACAAGAUCGUAGAAGGGCUGCUGGACACUCUGGAAGGACCCAACCUGGCUCCCAUGCAGCGUGUGGCCAGAGACGUGCCUGAACUGACACUCAACGCCACAUUGAGGAACCUGGGGGCCUCACUGAGGGUCCACUGAGGCCCCCACUCUCUCAGAGACGCUGUCAGUCAUCUUUUAAAAGAAGAAAGUUUCUGUUUCACUAUAAAAGUUCAUUGGUGGGAAACCUAAAAUAACAGAAUGAUCACAACUCAAAGGUCCGAGUGGAAUCACAUCAGCAUGUGACAACUGAGCGGAUGAAGACCAUGACGGCUCCUGAAAAAGCUAAUAAGUGGCCUUUGAGUAGGGAUGAUUCUGUGUUAAUGUCCUCUGAAGAUGAAGCUUCAUGUUCAUGAAGUCAAACUUUUUCUCUCUCAGCUCUUGUACAUUUUUUAUUCAUUCUGUAACAUUUUGUUUUGGCUUUUGUGUUCUCAUGUUAAGAUGUAUUUAUAGUUUCUGUACAGAAACCCCGAGUAAACUUUAUGGACUUUGGUUGGAGUCACUGAGAUAAUCCACACUUUAUUUAGUAAAACAACAUCAUUUAAAUUUACAAAGAGAUUCUUUCUCGACAUUUUGGUAUUUCAUCUAUCAGCAGAGUUUCAAGAUGAAUGGUCGCCGUCCUCAAAACAUUAUAAUGAUCAAGAUUAUUUAAUUGUAAGCAGAAAAAUCUGAGGUCAAACAGCAGCUUAAUUCAGACUUAAUGCAGAGUUCACGCUUCAUUUGUAAAUAUAACUCCACCACUAAACUAAUUUACAAGACAAAAGUAUCAUCAGAAUAUACUUAAAGACCAAAAGUAAAAGUACCCAGUAUGCAGAGUCAUAUAUAAUGUUGUAUUAUAAAUAUUGAUGCAUUAAUGUGUUCAUCACUUUAAUGGUUCAUUUGAAUUAUUUUAUAUUCAGCUGGGUAGUUUGUGAAU